GCAUGUGAUACCAAAAAAAACAUGGUUGACUCAGUGGAGUAGCAGUCACCGCAAAAGAUGGAGUUUUUUUUUUUUUUGUUGCAUAUAAGAUUCUACUGGUAGUAUAAAUAGAGGGUAUAAAUUACCUUGAAACAUUCCCUUUUUUUUUUUUGUUUUCUUCUUCUUUUUUCUCUUAAUUCACAACAUGUCUGUCGUAUCUCAAGCUGCAAAGAAACUUUUCAAAUCCACCGUUCCCGGUGUUGCUGUAUUAGCACCUGUCACUGCCGGAGAAGCCGAGAUUCUUUCUCCUCAAGCUUUACAAUUCGUUGCAACUCUUCACCGUAUCUUCAACCCUACCCGUAAGACUUUAUUACAAAAGCGUAACUUGCGUCAACAAGAGUUGGAUCGUGGUGUCUUACCCGAUUUCUUGCCCGAGACCGCUUUCAUUCGUAAUGAUCCUAACUGGCGUGCCGCCCCUCCUGCUCCUGGUCUUCAAGACCGUCGUGUCGAAAUCACCGGUCCUGUCGAUCGUAAAAUGGUCAUCAACGCAUUGAACUCUGGUGCCUAUACCUUCAUGGCUGAUUUCGAAGAUUCUACUGCUCCUACUUGGGAUAAUGUGAUCAGUGGUCAACUCAACAUGCGUGAUGCUAUUCGUGAAACCAUUUCAUUUGUUAACCCUAACGGAAAGAAGUAUGAACUUCGUAAGGACGGCAAGCUUGCUACUCUUCUUGUUAGACCUAGAGGUUGGCACAUGGUUGAGAAGCAUGUUCUCAUUGACGGUGAGCCUUGUUCUGCUUCUAUUUUUGAUUUCUCUCUUUACUUCUUCCACAAUGCCAAGGAACUUAUCAAGCGUGGUAAGGGACCUUACUUCUACUUGCCCAAGAUGGAGUCUCACUUAGAAGCCAGACUUUGGAACGAUAUCUUCAAUGUUGCUCAAGACAUGAUCAACAUUCCCCGUGGUACUAUCCGUGGUACCGUCUUGAUUGAAACCCUUUUGGCUGCUUAUGAGAUGGACGAAAUUAUUUAUGAACUUCGUGAUCACUCUGCCGGUUUGAACUGUGGAAGAUGGGAUUACAUUUUCUCCUUCAUCAAGAAGCUUCGUAACCAUCCUCAAUUUGUCUUGCCUCAACGUUCAUCCGUCACCAUGUCUGUUCUCUUCAUGGAUGCCUAUGUUCGUUUGUUGAUCCAAACCUGUCAUAAGCGUGGUGUUCAUGCCAUGGGUGGUAUGGCUGCUCAAAUCCCCAUCAAGAACGAUCCUCAAGCCAACGAUGUUGCUAUGGCCAAGGUCCGUAACGAUAAGCUCCGUGAAGUCACUGCUGGUCAUGACGGUACCUGGGUUGCCCAUCCCGAUCUUGUGAAGAUUGCACUUGAUAUCUUUAAUGAACAUAUGCCCCAAGCCAAUCAAAUGCACAUCCGCCGUGAUGAUGUCAAGGUCACUGCUACUGAUUUGAUCGAUAUUAAUUUCAAGGGAACCAUCACUGAAGAGUCCAUUCGUGAGAACAUCCAAAUUGGUUUGGCUUAUAUGGAAGCUUGGUUAAGAGGUGUUGGUUGUGUCCCCAUCUUCAACUUGAUGGAGGAUUUGGCUACCUAUGAAAUCUCCAGAUCUCAACUCUACCAAUGGGUUCGUCACAAUGUUCGUACUGAUAAGGGUAAGGUUGUUAACGCUGCCUACGUCUCUCAAAUCUUGGAUGAAGAGACUGACAAGAUUAGCAAGAGUCUCGGUGCAAAGUAUGCUGCUUCCAAGUAUGAAGCUGCCAAGAAGGCCUUUGCUACUAACGUCACUGGUGAACGUUACGAUGAUUUCCUUCCUGAUUUACUCUAUGAUGAUAUUAUUACCAUCAGCCCUCAAUCUAAGUUGUAAAUCAACAAGUUACCCAUUUUACCCCCCCCCCUUUCCUCCCCCUUUUAUGCGUGUAUUUUUGUUCCAUCUCUUCCUCUCUCUCUCUCUCUCUCUCCGAUAUAUAUUUUAUAUAAAAAAAUAAAGCAAUGAACCAAUAGCAAAACUACUUGAACUAUCGGUCCUUCCCCUCCUCCUUAGGGCGUUUUUUUUUUUUAUUUAUUCCCGAAAAAAAGCAUUCCCAAUGACCCAAACUUUUCUUUUUUUCAUAAUGUAAAUUUGACCAAUUUAUA